AUGAAUGUUAUAUUUAACAUGUAUCGAAGAAGAGCUGCAGUAACACAUAAAUUGUUAAUCAAAAGAAUCAACAAUAAUCCAAUUUUACCUAGGCUUCCGCUGAUACAAGAUAGUUUAAAACAUUGUUCGAUCACGACUGCCUCUUCAAGUCAACAACAGAAUGAUAUUUUUGCAUUUAACAAAUUAUUGUAUGAUUGCGCAAUAUCUAAACAACCAGAUGAAGCUGAAAAAGUAAUAGAAAUGAUGAAGAAUGCCAAUGUAUUUCCUACACUCCACACGUACGAACAUCUUUUAAAUCUUUAUGCAAAUGUUGCAUAUGCAUCAAACAAAAAAACGGUUGAUGCAUUUGAAGUAUUAAAUGAUUUAAAAAAUACAGGGAAUAUACCAAAUCAGUAUUGUGCUGAUACUGGUGAUUAUAAUCGAGCUUGGUCAAUAUUUGAACGUUUGUGUUCAGAGAUUGGUGAGCCUGAUAAACAAAAGGAUGCAGGAAAGGCGUUGCAAUUGUAUGACGAAAUGUUGGAGAAAAAAUUACAACCUACGAAUAUCACAUAUAAUUCAUUGAUUCAUGCUUUAGAAGAAAUGGAAAAUCAUGGGUGUGUGCCUGAUUUGAUCACUUACAAUACAUUAAUUUAUGCCUGUGCAAUUAAUGGUGAUUUGGAAAUGGCUAGAAAUAUAUUAAUAAAUUUAAUUCAAAGUGCAAAAGAAAAUUCAUUAUUAAUACCUGAUGAUAUUACAUUUGUAAAUUUAUUAUGGACUUAUGCAUCCCACAUUAGUAUACCAAAACUUGGAAUAGAAUUAAAUGGUUGGAUGUUUUUAAUAUUAUUGUCUGGAUGUUAUCGACAUAAACAAUUGGAGAAAGCAUGGAAUCUAUGGAACAAUUGGAGUUGUUGGCAAGAAGCUGAAACUAGUAAGAUUUCAAAGAAAUUUGAUAAUGUUUAUCAACAAGAAAUUGAAUUAGAAAAGAUUGGACUUUCUAAGGAGUUAGAAUAUGAAAUUUAUAAAUUCAUGAUUAAUAUUUUAGCUAGAUGUAAUGAUAUUAAUACUAGUACAAUACUAUUGAAACAGUUAUCGAUAAGACAUGUAAUCAAAUUUCAAGAAAAUUGUAGAUUAUUAAUAGAUAGAAUUGAGGAAUCAAAACGGUUAUCAGAUUAUAACACUGCAAAAUUGUAUAGAGAAGAAGUGAUUAAAUUAAUAACAAAAAUACAUCCAAAGAAGAAAAAACCAUUACCAAAAUUACAAUCUAAAAAUGUACAAUAA